GAUGAUGCCAUACUCGUGUUGCUAGCUCGACUUGAAGGCCUAAUUUUUCAUCGUAAAACAAAUAUACAAUCUGUCAACAAAUUAAAUUGUUUAUUUAGUCGGUGUUAAUAAAACAAUGAAUUAUUCUUUUAAAGACAAAAAAAUAUUGGUCACUGGGGCUGGCAGAGGAAUCGGUCGAGAUGUCGUCAUAACUUUGGCUAAACAAGGCGCCACGGUGUACGCCUUGUCGAAAGAUGCCGACAAUUUGAAAACUCUCGUCGAACAAUUCCCCUCUCUUAUCAAGCCAAUCCAAUGCAAUCUUCGGGAUUGGGACGAGACGGAGAAAGUCAUUGCAAACAUUGAGCCGUUGGACCAUUUAGUGAACAAUGCGGGGGUGGCGUACAGGGAAAACUUUUUUGAGAUAAAAUCCGACGCUUUUGACGAAAUAUUCGACGUGAAUGUCAAAGCUGUGGUAAACGUGACAAAAAAUGUAGCCAAGAAAAUGGUGAGCUCAGGAAAACAGGGAUCGAUUGUGAACGUUUCUUCCGUGUCAGCUCUUAAACAAGCACCUGGAUUGUUAUCCUACUGCACUUCGAAAGCAGCUGUGGACAUGAUCACAAAAUGCAGUGCGAUUGAACUUGCUCCCCACAAAAUCAGGGUUAAUUCGGUCAACCCCACCAUCGUAAUGACGGACAUGGGACAUGAUUUAUGGGACGACAUAACUACGCAAGCCCUGGCCAGAAUUCCUUUGAAUUCAUUUGCUGAAACGACUCAUUGUACGAACGCUAUUUUAUUCCUGCUCAGUGACCUGGCUGGAAUGACUACGGGAGAAUUUUUUCUGGUGGAUGGGGGAGUGGCUGCUAAUUAAUAAGGCAUAUAUUCAUAUGUAAUGAAAGCACACUUGUAUUGAAUCGGAUUGUUUAAAUUAAUGUCCAACUAAAAUUAAAGAGAUUUUUAAGUUGCCGAGGAAAAUAUGGUAAAAGAAUGUCUGAAAUUUUUUGAAAUAUUAAUAUGGUGAUAAAAUAUUAAAAGCUACGAUUUGUUGAAGUA